AACAUUUGGGCUAUAACACGCUCAGAUUUAUGCCGUCUCAAGUACUAGAAGCUCUUUCUGUAAGUCUGUCAGUUGAAAAUUAACUACUUUGUGCAAGAUUUACAGUAUGAAGAUUUAGUAUGUAGGCACGACCCUGAAACUGAUUCCUGCUGCAGUUUAGCACGAACGGUACCGGCAAACACGAAUAGCUCCUCAUCCUUCCUUAUCGAUACCCGUAUCUACUAGAACGUAUUUAGAAAACUUGCCAUCCCUUAAAAAGGAUAAUACGCACAGCGUGUACUUCACCCUCACGUGCAAUUCACUCAAGGUCCGCAAAGCAUCGCUACCAUUCACCGCCUGCCAAUCAAGGUCAGUUUGCACAUAUUAUGUAACAAAAAGGGUGCAUCGAGUAUUAUAGCUCCCUAAAUGAUCGAUGAUGACAAGUACUAGAUGCACCUAAAAAUAUAUUACUCAUUUUACUCCAUCAUUGAAUACAUUUAGAAAUAAAAUGAUCGUUGCGAUUCUCUCUAGAUCCGGACUUCCGUAAGGGAUGAUUCAAAAGAUGAUUCAAAAAUCAGUGAUGAGAUACCUCAGCCUCAACCGCCACCCUCGACGCCGACCAAAGCCCGUGGCGUCGUGUCACCCUCGUCCGUCGUGACCCCUCAGGCCGUUAAAAGCGGACUGGCCAGAUCUCCGGAAGCCAUGACGCCCAGAAGGCAACUCACGCAGGAACCGGGGGGUUCGACCCUCGCAAACGGGCGCACGUCCAAAUCACCCUCGCCAGACGUGACAAACAACAAGGGCAGCACGCCGAAGGGUCGCUCACCGAGGAGAUCGCCAACUUCCCCGCGUCCACCCAGCAGCCUGCGCGUUAGAGCCGCUGACGACAAGUCCCUCCCUGGCACAUCUAGGAAAACGUCUCCCGGUACACCUAGGAAAACAUCUCCCGGUACACCUAGGAAAAUAUCCCCCGGCACACCUAAUAGAAUAUCUCCCGCAACCCCGAGACAAACGCCGUCCCCCAAGGAGCUGCGUCUUCCGAAACUCGCGCCUUCGCCAAUAUCUCAAGAAGCAAAUCCGGUUGUCGAAACUCACUCAAAAAUCACUUUACCUAAGUUAAUCGAGCCGUCCUCGAAAUCCAAUCGAACGACGUAUUAAAGCUAUUGAAUCAAAAACACGACGGACUUUCUAGCACUUCGGUACAGAGCUACAAACUCCUCACUGAUUCUCAUUUGCAACUAAUGUGAAGUUGAGUUUUUCUCCACAAAAAUUUGAAACUCAAUUCAUAAUUCGUAAUUUAUAAAUAAAAAAACUGUUGAUGACAAAUGAAGAACUAUUAUAUAAAAGAAAAUCUAGAGCAUCCUGUUCAUCUCACAUGAAAGUGCAAAUUAAUUACAGUAACUUAGAAAAAAUAACGAUAGAAAAGUUAAACUAUACUUGCUAGAUCAGAUUGUCUUCAUUUUAUUAAUCUAAUCUUAAGUAAAAAUAAACUUUUUUAUUCUAGGAUUAAUUUCAACUAAAUGAAUAAAAAAAUUAGCUUGAGAAUAAAAUAAAAAUUCGAGAUGAAAAAUAGAACAGGGACUUUCUUCGCAAGUCUUAAUUUUUCAAUUAAACCUAUAACUUCUAACUUCAUAUCUUUGAUAUGAUAGGUUUAGUGGAAACUUUAUGGAUGCUAACAACGUAUAUUGCUGUUCAUAAAAAAUCAAAAAUUAAUAUUGUGUUAUCUUUAUGUUACAAAUGAUUAUAUCGUGUUUCUAAGGUCAUAAAGAAAAUUGAUCAAUUUCUAUUAUUUCUUGAUAUUUGAACAUUAAUAUAGGCAUAAAUUGCUUGUUUUUUUUUCAAGUUUUUAAUUGUUUAUGAAUUAAUGAAAAUUAAUGACUUACAUCUAUAUUAAUGCUACGCACAGUUUUCAAAAAUAUAUAUAAAUAAAAGAUAUAAAAUAUAUUACGCAAUAUACAUAUAAUUAUUAAAAUAAAUAUAUCUGUAUGUCUGAAUGGGAAACUGGUGUGAUGGAGGACAUGGAAGAUAAUAUCAACAAAUGAAAAAUUAAUAUAUGUGAGAUUUAUAGAAAUAAUAAAAAUAUAUAUAUUUAGA